GCCAGGGCGCGCCAGGCAUCCCGGAGCCGCCUCUGCAUGAUCCACGGCCACGCCUUUGGGGCGGGCGGCUGGCCCUUUCCCCCUGCCCCCUCCGUCCCUCUCUCGGGCCUAGUCGAGCCGGCUUAAGCGCCUUGACGUCGGCGGGAUCCCCUGCUCCAGUGCCAUGGCGGCGCCCGGGCAGAAAAGGGUGCCCUUCGGCAGCCGCUUCCUGACCGACCCGGCUCGCCUUUUCCAGCACAACGCCUGGGACAACGUGGAGUGGUCUGAAGAGCAGGAAGCCGCUGCACGAAGGAAGGUACAAGAGAACAGCGCACAGUUGGUCUCUCCGGAUCAGCAAGAGGCCUAUGAAGUCAACGCCAACCAGUACUGGAACGAGUUCUACAAAACCCACGAAAGCGGCUUCUUCAAGGACCGCCACUGGCUUUUCUCUGAAUUUCCUGAGCUGGCCCCAAACCAGAAUGUCAGUCAAAAUGCCGAGCCUGCCUACGAGGACAGGGGUGAUGUGCCACAGACCAAGCGCUCAGGCCCCAGAGGCUGUUGUGACCAUGUGCUUGGGUCGGCAGAGGAGACUGGGGCCUCAGAGUAUCUCUCAAACGCUGAAACAAACAACUUCCGAUUGCGUACCCAAUUGGAAACAGUGUCACAGAACCUGGAGGCAGUAAAACUGAAUGACUUCCCAGGGUCGUCUGCGACUUACCGGAUACUGGAGGUGGGCUGCGGUGCUGGAAAUACGGUCUUCCCCAUUCUCCAGACCAACAAUGAUCCCAACCUCUUUGUGUAUUGCUGUGACUUCUCCAUGAGGGCAGUGGACCUUGUCAAGGCUCAUCCAGAAUAUGAUGUGUCUCGCUGCUUUGCCUUCGUUCAUGACCUUUGCAACGACCAGGUGCCUUUUCCAAUGCCGAAUGAAAGCCUUGAUGUAGUGGUGCUGAUCUUUGUCCUUUCAGCGCUCCUUCCAGAAAAAACGCAGUUUGUCAUCAACAGACUUAGCCGGCUUGUAAAGCCUGGCGGACUGAUUCUGUUACGAGAUUACGGCCGUUACGACCUGGCCCAGCUCCGCUUCAAGAAAGGUCAAUGUCUGGCUAAUAACUUUUAUGUGAGAGGGGAUGGCACCAGAGUUUAUUUCUUCACACAAGAUGAGUUGGAUUUGCUGUUCUCUACAGCUGGCUUGGAGAAAGUCCAAAAUCUGGUGGACCGUCGCCUCCAGGUGAACAGAGGAAAGCAAGUUACUAUGUAUAGGGUGUGGAUCCAGUGCAAAUACCGCAAGCCCCACAGGCUGAAAGGAGACCAGGAGAUGCACCCUCGGGACUGUGGCUGCUACUCUGAGGACUGCCCCACAACUCAGGAAAAAUCUCCACAGACUUGGCCCAGCAGCGGAACCUCUUAGUUCUGAUCUCACAGGAACAGACUUUCCAGCACUGGCCUCCCAACCUUUCUUGGAGUGAACAUUUAAAUGGGGAGUGGACUUUUUGGAACACUGAAUACUCCUAAUGAACUUGAGGGUCCACUGUGACCCUACAGAGCCCUUGAGAGCCAUCUGGUUUACAGGGGUGCCUCUGAAUUCUCAGGGCCAACUGUAGUGUUCAUUCUGGCAAUUGUGUUGCUCAAACCCACCUCUUUCUAGACCCAAAUUGAACAUCCUGCCUUCUGUUGUUGAUGUCCACAGGGAAAAGGGGAAGUGGCUUCCAGGAUGGCCAAACCUCCUUUUCUUCGCAUUGAAUAGGAUUUCUUCAAAUUCAAGAAUGUGCGUCUUUGUAGGCAAAAAUCCUUUCUGUGAGCAAGACAAUGCUGGAAUAAAGAAUGCUCAUGAGACUGAGUCAUCAAAAUGAGUUUGGAACGAUGAAUGCUCAUGAGGUGGAUACAUUUUUUUAGGUUCUAUAAAAUCACAACUUGUAUCUUUUCAGGUUACAGGAGGGCAAGGGGUAAUCCUGUUAGUUUAUUUCUGUGUCAUGCUACAUCAUCAAAAGGUACUAUUCGUGCAACCAAGUUUUUGUUUUUCAGAUUUGUUUGGCAGAACUAACUUCAUUUCCAAAUAUUUGGUUUUGUGUGUUAAGAUCACUUCUGCUACCACUUCUCAGAAGACUGGGAUCAGAGCUCCAAGCUGCCAUUUAUUUCAAAAAAUUAAAAAUUGGAUUUGGCUCCACCUGCCAAAGCUUCAUUAA